GGCUUGAAACCAGAAACCCUUGCGUCGAGCCAGGAUUUGAGAAACUUCUCUCACCUCAAUGCUGAGGUUGACGCUGACGCAAAGCACGCCACAGAGCGUAAUAUGAGCAUCGAGCCCUCGGCCGGCCAUUAUGAUCCAACUCGCGCCAUUUCAAGCGGACAUAUCCCACGUCUUGUAUAACUGUUACACUUUGUGUUCUCAAAUCGUCAAUGCCGGUCCAACCGAGUACACAGCACAGGCCAAAAACGUGGACGAUGUUUGCCACCCGCGCUCCGAACUCCCACUUCUUAGCGUGGCAUGUUCGUCAAACUUACGAAACCCGUUCCCCCGGUGUGGAUCUCAUAGGGUAAUGGUUGCAAAUACUCUCUUCAUCUUGACUGCGAAUUUUAAAUUUGAGUUCAGUAGUUUCUGUCCACGCUUGGUACCACACCGCUAUUCUCGUCUUAUUCCGCAAAAUGGCGAAAUCCUGCGACGUCGUCACGACAGGCUGCGUACGAUUUCUUGGUUUGCUUCUAAUGGCGCAUUUCACUACCACUUCUUUUCGGCUAAAGCCCUGCUCGAAGAGGCUACCCUACCGGGAGCAGCCGUGGGGAGACGAAUGGGCAUCGAUCAUCUCCUGAAGUGGAAUCGACGGUUCCUGUGCGAUUUGCUUUUUGUUGAUGUUGACUGUGUGACAGUGGGUUAGUAACUUUAUCAUUCCGCUGAACAGAUUCGCCAUUGCUACAUUAUCCACGUGCCAAUUUAAUAGGAUAAUGAUGUUCGAACCAAAGAUGGUGGGUUGACGGCAAGUUGAGUUGGCUUGAGUACAAGGGCUUGCUUUGCAAGAAUAGCGAGUUGUACAUAGGCCAGGCCUAACGUGUAAGAUCUCGAAGUUAUCACGCUUACGUCGUCCCUCUU